GUUAUUGAUGCUUUAACCCUCUAUCAGAUAUCUAUUUUGUAUCGUAAAUCUAAAAUAAAAUCUGUAUACGCUUAAUAUCUAGGAUCUCUAAAACCUUCAACCGAAAUUUGAAUAGUUUUUAUUUCUGCACAGAUAUACAAAGAUGAGUCUCAGUAAUCACGAUGAACCCUCUUCAGAUGUUGAUCCAGCUGAAAUAAACAACAGUGUGCCUGAUACAGCAGCAGCUUAUGAGGGGGUCACACCCACUCGCUUAUUAAAAAUGAAAGAAAUAAUGGAAAAUCAGUGUUUUGAAAUGAAUGUUAAAGUCAGCAUGGGAAAACAUAAAGAGUCAUGUGAAGCUGAUGCAGACCUAUCCAAGUAUGAAAGUGAAAUAGAGCAGGCAAGACUCUCAUACUUCAACAAAACACUGGUAUUGAACAGAAUGCAGAUUUGGAACGUCAUCACUGAAAAGAUUAUUCAGAAUGAUGCAGAUGCUGAGGCACUUAAAGAACUGACCCGUCAGAACACUGAGCUCUGUGAAAAGACCAUGAAAAUCUUAAAGGAAACACGAGAGCUUCAGGACCAGAUCACAGAUAUCCAAAAGGAAAGACUAGACCUGAAAGGACAAAUUAAGAAGAAAAUGCAGGUGAUAAAUGAGUUGAAACAGGUGAAGGAGAACCAAGGAGAAGUUCAACAGAGAGCCAAGGAAAGAGCAGAAGCGGUGCUACAGAAAUACCAGAAGGUCACCACCAUUUUACAGAAUGUGUUGCGGGGAAUCAUACUGGCCAGUAAAGUCAACUGGAGGGAUGAUCUUAAAUUAAGGGAUAUUGCAAUGGGACUAGAAAACAUUCCCAACUAAAGACCUGUUUGAACACAGUUCUCCAGUUGAUGUAUAUACUUUACCUGUAAAUGUGCUCACUGUUACCAUGUUCAGUGUAAUGUAUAUUUAAGCUUUUUAUAACAGCUCAUUUGAGAAUGUUUUAGUAGUAUUCUAAAUGUGAGAUAGAUUAACUGAUUUCACCAAUUCAUUUACUUUUUAAAAUAAAGUUCAGACUGAUCCUGUAAUAAA